UAGGUUAGUCGUAGACAAUAGAAAAUCAGGCAGACACACACGCUAUGUCCGGAGACAGCGACCUGCUACGAGACGGAUUCUCGUUUCCUACGAAGUUGAUAUCGGCGGCUAUACAAAGGAGUCUGGACGGCCACGGUGUCAAAAUAAAUGCAACGUCUACUAAACUUCUUGCCGAGGUGUGUCGCGUAGUGACGAUAGAGGCGGCAGCGCGGUCGGCGCGCGAGGCGCUGCAAGAGGGAGAGCGACAAGUUCAGCUCCAACAUCUAGAGAAAAUUUUAGCACAGCUGCUUUUAGACCUGUGAAGUGCACAACACAGCAUGCACCUCGAGAUGAACUGCGCGUUCGACCAACGGCGGCCUGCAGGAUUUGACUAGUCAUGCUUUACGAUGCAACUGCAGGCACAAUCUAAUCUUCAUCGUUUCUAUUUCUUCCUUAUUCUGUGAUUUCUUUUUCUCCUCCUCCUGCAUUUGGUCAUUCUUUUCUAUGAAAGUUUUCUCUGAUUUUUUUUAUGCUCUUCUCCGCCUAAACUAGGUCGCUUUUCGUCCAACUUGUUCGACUUUCCUGCCAAGUUUUAAUCGAUUCAGAACGGUGACUUAGUUAAAUUUUACUAUAGGUUGCUGCUCUGGAAUUCUGAACACUUACAAAUCCUGGGUUAUUCUUAAUCCAACAACGAGGAAUGUUUUCUCCUUAAAUGAAAAAGCAUUACAA